UUACCUAGAAAAGUAACAUCCAGGUAAAGACUUUUGUAGGCGGAAUCACCUAUAAAGGGAAGAUUCUCAGCUGAAAGAAUAGUGUUUCAAGUGCCUUCGAAGAGUCCACAUAUCUUUACUCGCCGUUUUCGAGAUGAAAUAUUUGAUCAUUUGUUUGAUUUCGUUUUUCGCCAUUACCAUGGCUCGUCCCCAAUUUGGAUUUGGAGGUGGAUUUGGAGGAUUCGGGGGACAGCAGCAGCAGCAAGAGGCCUUUGGAGGAGGCUUUCCCGGCUAUGGUGGAGGGUUUGAACAGCAGCAACAACAACAAUCAGGGUUCGGUGGCUUUGGAGGAGGCUUUGGUCAAGAGCAACAGCAACAACAAGACUUUGGUUUUGGCGGAUUCUUUGGAUAACCAAAAACGCCAAAUCAAUAAUGUGAAUUAUAAAUGUCAAUAAAGGAGUUAAUAUAUAUUUAAAAA